CCGGGCGGGCCGCACCGCGAGGGAGGCGGUGUCGGUGGACAGAUCGCGUCCGCUGGGACUCAAAAUCUCUGCGCGCCCUGAUCGAAGUCCCCUCCCCUGGCGCUCACCUCGAACCCGGCAUCGGGCUGGGCGCCGCACGGCCGUCGUGGUUUCCAUCCCUCCCUUCGACUUCUUGACAGUUUCAGAGAUGUCUUCCAGAAAUCCCAAAGAUUUAAUUAAAAGUAAAUGGGGAUCAAAGGCUGGUAACUCCAAAUCAGAAACUGCAUUAGAGAAAUUUAGGGGAGAAAUUGCAGCUUUAAAAACAUCAGUGGAUGAAAUCACAAGUGGAAAAGGAAAACUGACCGAUAAAGACAGACACAGACUUUUGGAGAAAAUUCGAGUCCUUGAAGCUGAGAGAGAGAAGAAUGCUCAUCAACUCACGGAGAAGGACAAAGAAAUACAGCGACUCAGAGAGCAGCUGAAGGCCAAGUACAACGCUACUGCCUUGCUUGAACAGCUGGAAGAGAAAACAAAGGAAAGUGAAAGGCGGGAACAGCUGUUGAAGUCCUUGUCAGAAGAGACAGAUGUAUUGAAAAAACAGCUGUCUGCUGCAACUACAAGACUUGCUGAACUUGAGGGCAAAGCCAGCACACUGCGGUUGUCACAGACUGUGGCUACAAGCUGUUUCAACUCAUCAAUGAAUAAUAUUCAUGAAAUGGAAAUACAGCUGAAAGAUGCUCUGGAGAAAAAUCAGCAGUGGCUUGUGUAUGAUCAGCAGCGAGAGGUCUAUGUAAAAGGACUUUUAGCAAAGAUCUUUGAGUUGGAACAGAAAUCGGAAACAGCUGCUCAUUCACUCCCACAGCAGAUAAAAAAGACUGAAUCAGAAGGUUGUCUUCAAGAAGAAAAGCAAAAAUAUUACAACCAGCUCUUGGCAAAUGCAAAAAAAGAUCUUGAGGUUGAACGACAAACCAUAACUCAGUUGAGUUUUGAGCUUAGUGAAUUUCGAAGAAAAUAUGAAGAAACCCAAAAAGAAGUUCAAGAUUUAAAUCAACUGUUAUGCUCACAAAGAAAGGCAGAUGUACAACAUCUGGAAGAUGAUAGGCAUAAAACAGAGAAAAUCCAGAGGCUCAAGGAAGAGAAUGAUAUUGCUAGGGAAAAACUUGAAGAAGAGAAGAAGAGAUCUGAAGAGCUCUUAUCUCAGGUCCAGUUUCUUUACACGUCUCUGUUAAAGCAGCAAGAAGAACAAACAAGGGUAGCUCUGUUGGAACAACAGAUGCAGGCAUGUACCUUAGACUUCGAAAAUGAAAAACUUGACCGUCAAAAUAUGCAGCAUCAGUUGCAUGUAAUUCUUAAAGAGCUCCGAAAAGCAAGAAAUCAAAUAACACAGUUGGAAUUCUUGAAGCAGCCUCGUGAGCUUGCCUUCACAGAGCCAUUAUUCACUUUCCAAGGAGAGGCUGAAAACAGAGGAAAAGUUGCCUCGCCAAAAAGUCCCUCUGCUGCACUGAAUGAAAGCCUGGUGGAGUGUCCCAAGUGCAACAUACAGUAUCCCGCCACCGAACAUCGUGAUCUGCUUGUCCAUGUUGAAUACUGUGCAAAGUAGCAAUGUAAUUAUCCUUUGUUUUUGUGUCAAAAGAUUCAGUACUGUAUCUUAUGUGAGCUUAUGGACGUUUUGAAUUACUUGUUUCAUCUCUUAUAUAAGAAACUGCCUGUCUACUUUGAGACUCUGGCAUAGGAGUGAAUCAUUGUAUUUUUUUGGCUACUUUGCAUUUUCCUUGGCAACUAUACCUCCAGGCUUCAGUGACAGCAUGUGGUGAGCAGCGACUGCUGAGACCUGAGACGACUAACAUUUUGCACUAUUAAAGUACUUGAUGGAGAAAAGAUGGUUUGGGUUAUUGCUCAUGGGUUAAAUCUGUUACACUGGCAAGCAAGUAUUUUAUGUUUUGUGGCUUUUUUAAAAUCAAAGACAAUUAACCAAGGAUCUUACCGUAUUAGCAUUUUUUUUCCAAGUGUU